AUGAUUGCCGAUGACGGCAAAACACCAAUACUAAUGGAUCUCGGAUCGCUCGCUCCUGCUCCGACCCCUAUAACAUCGCGCUCCCUCGCCCUCGCCGUCCAGGACACCGCCGCAGAACACAGCACCAUGCCCUAUCGCGCCCCUGAACUCUUCGACGUCAAAACAGGCUCCGUCAUAGACACCAAGGUCGACAUCUGGAGCUUGGGAUGCACUUUGUACGCCUGUCUAACGGGCAAAAGCCCUUUUGAAGCAAGAAGUGAAGAGACAGGAGGGAGUCUGAGUAUCUGUGUCUUGGGCGGAGAUUGGAGGUUCCCAGAUGAGGGCGCCAAGAAAGAUGCGAAGGGCAAAGGGAAGGUCAACGGAGCGGCGGAGGGGCCCGCGGAGGGGGCCGUUGGUGAUGGUGUUAAGGAUGUUGUGCGGAGGUGUUUGAAGGUUGAGCCGGCGGAGAGGCCAGAUAUUGAUGAGUUGAUUGUAUUGGUCGAGGAGCUGUUGGGCAGGAUGCCGGCGGAUGAUGAGAGGGAUGAUUUGUAG